AUUUACAUUAGCCAAUGGAAAUAGAGGUCUGAGGUCUGAGGUUCGGCCUUCUCACGAACUCGAGUUAGUGUGCGUCUGCAGUCACCAUCGCACAAUAGCUCACCAUGUCGCUCCACGGCAAGCGGAAAGAGAUCUACAAAUACGAGGCGCCAUGGACUGUUUAUGCAAUGAACUGGAGCGUCCGCCCAGACAAACGCUUUCGACUGGCUCUUGGCAGUUUCGUCGAGGAAUACAACAACAAGGUGCAGAUCGUGGGCCUGGAAGAGGAGAGCUCCGAGUUCAUCUGCAGGAACACCUUCGACCACCCUUACCCCACCACUAAGAUCAUGUGGAUCCCUGACACCAAGGGGGUGUACCCCGAUUUGCUUGCCACCAGCGGGGACUACCUGCGAAUCUGGAGGGUGAGCGACACCGAAACCCGUCUGGAAUGUCUGCUGAACAACAACAAGAACUCUGACUUCUGCGCGCCUCUCACCUCAUUCGACUGGAACGAGGUGGAUCCAAAUCUCCUCGGCACCUCCAGCAUUGACACCACCUGCACCAUCUGGGGGUUAGAAACCGGUCAAGUUCUGGGCCGGGUAAACCUGGUUUCAGGCCACGUGAAGACCCAGCUCAUCGCCCAUGACAAGGAGGUGUAUGACAUUGCAUUCAGCCGGGCAGGCGGGGGCAGGGACAUGUUUGCCUCCGUGGGGGCGGACGGGUCGGUGCGCAUGUUUGACCUCAGGCACCUGGAGCACAGCACCAUCAUCUACGAGGAUCCACAACACCACCCACUCCUUCGCCUCUGCUGGAACAAGCAGGACCCCAACUACCUGGCCACCAUGGCCAUGGAUGGCAUGGAGGUGGUGAUUUUGGAUGUCCGAGUCCCAUGCACGCCAGUUGCCAGAUUGAAUAACCACCGCGCCUGUGUUAACGGCAUUGCCUGGGCACCCCACUCCUCCUGCCACAUCUGCACCGCAGCGGACGACCACCAGGCCCUGAUCUGGGACAUCCAGCAGAUGCCCAGGGCCAUCGAGGACCCCAUCCUGGCCUACACCGCCGAGGGGGAGAUCAACAACGUGCAGUGGGCCUCCACGCAGCCCGACUGGAUCGCCAUCUGCUACAACAACUGCCUGGAGAUCCUGCGAGUCUGAUCCCUGCGAGAGGGGGGGACCGUUUAAAGGACAACGAACUACUUGUGCCACUGUGGCCAGUGGCUUUGUGACUGUGUGUCUUCGUCACACAAGACGUGCUGGUUUUACACGUGCACGUUUUUCUUUCUCUGUUUUUGUUUUUUUAUGUAGGGCUCAGUGCUUGUAGAAGAGGUUUGUUGUUGUGAUGUUUGAUGUUUUGCUAUUAGUUCACACUGCUGGGGGGGUUUAUAUCAUGAAACGGGAUUGGCUGGUUGGCUCACAAGAUAAGUUCAGAGUAAAACCUGGAAGGAGCUGCUUUUACUUCAGUUCGUGCUCCAGGUUUGGAAGGGUUCCGGGUUUUACUUGAACUUAUCCAGCUGAGUUGGUAGUCCCGCUUCAUGAUGUACACCCCUGGUUGACCAGCAGAGAGCAUCACGUGUUGCUGACUCCGCCCCUGAAGGACAUCACACCCAUAGUCCGAGCCAGUUCUGGAUCCAGGGCCGCGUUUUUGCUACUGUCCACCAAUCAGAUGUCCUUCUGACAUUUCUGACAUUGUCACUGCAGGAACAUGAGAGGUGUGUCUGAAAUACUGAAAUACUUUCUUCCACUCAUCUCCUAUUUAGAAGUAUGGAACGAGGAGACGAUUGGAGAAAAGGAGGAUGCAUUUUCUGAGUAUUGGGAAGCAGUCUAGAAAAGCAAUAACAAUGAUCUGAGUACCAAUCACAAUCAAUUGUAAUAUUACAUGCCAGAAUGGUUAAAAAUAUGAAAUGUUAAAAUCAAGAUUCAAAAUCCCAUUACAAAACCUAUUUUCUAUAUUGUGAAAGUAUAAUGUAGACCAGGGCUGCCCAAACCUAUUCCUAGAGAGCUUCACUCCAACCCUGGCAGAACACAUCUUAUUCAGCUGCUCAUUAGUACAAUCAGGUGUGCCAAUUCAGAGUUGAAAGGAAAACCUACAGGGCAGUAUCUCAUUGAGCAGGGUUGGGCCACCCUGCUGUGGAAUGUGAUUUUGGUAUGUUGUCAUAUUCCGGCAUCGACUGGUCGGACAGCACAAACGCAGCCCAAAUCCCGUUCUGAACUGCAUCUUUGUGCACUGAUUUUCAGUUUGUACACACAUUUCAAGUCUAAAUGGUAAAAAAUUUGACCUCCUCCACUUUAUUUUGGUUGUUUUGAUGACUACUCUGGGAUUGGUAGGUUUUGGUUGGGUGGUGGGGGUUUUCUUCUCAAUUGGCUGUUUUUGAUUGGGUCAAGGUGCUGCUGUAAUUGACCGGUUUAUACAGCAACUACAGCAAAGUAUCUUGACAAAAACCAUUUCAGCCUAGCUAUCAUGCAGUAAACUUCAACAAAUGUGCGUUAAAAACCAAGCACUCUGGAUGAAUGUACAAGGGAGAAAAAAAAUGUGAUGAGAUGCCACAUUUUGUCAAUUGGUUCAUUUUCCAGUAUUUAAGACAUUCAGGAGUCCAGAGCUAUUCGAGAGAUAGAGUUCCUCUAUAUUGGUUUGCAGGGCGGGAUUAGUCAUGUGGGAAAUAAGGAUGUGAAAUGUAUGUGAAAGUGGAAACCUCUGCAUUGUAUAUAUGACCAUCUUAUGUAGAAGAAAUUGGGCCUCUAUUUCACAGGGCUCUCUGUAAACACAUAUAAUUGUUAACAAGCAUAACCGUAGAUUAGGUACAAAAACACCCUGUGAGAAUGGUAAUACUGAAGGAAGUGCUUCAUAACGUCAGGGGGUUUCAAACUGUCUUGAGGGGCCCCUGUGUAUGUGAGUCUCACAAUCCAUUAAAGUUGUGGAAAAUAGGUUGUUUUUUGUUUGCUUUUGUUUUCACCUUAAAAUCUGCAUCCUGUUGAGACCCAGGUAAUCAGGGGCACGUUCAAUCGGAAACCAUUUUGCUAUGUUGAACGUUAUGUUUUCUCCCAACAGUGUGCAACGUUUUGCAACAGGCUUUAAGGUACGUUUGCUCCCGUUUGGUGGGUGUAGUUGGAAUGAACAACGACAUAGGCCUAUACUUUAAAUCUCAGAGAACGUCUUCUCAGACGCCAAUGGAGCAAACUGUACCGACCUCAGUAAGUCCUCACGCGGUUUGGAAGGAUGUUGAACACGCCACCGUUUUCAUUUAAAUAAAUGUUUUGCUACAUUUUGUCACGGCUGAACGUGACCCAGGUGAGGUGAGUUAACUGUGGAAGUUGUUUACGUUUUUUCUUUCCUUAAAUGUAUAUUAACACAUUGUAGGUUUGUUUUGUUGGUUUAGUUUCAGUCACUAGGUACCCUGAUUCAGCAAUUAGGAGCCAGUUCUUUCAUGUCAUUCUAAUAUAAUCAAUUCAUAAGUGAACUUGUAAAGGAAUUGUUUGCCAUAAAGCCUUUUAAAUAAAGCAAAAUGUGAAUGUG